GCAUCACCACUAAUGGAGUUGUUCAAUGCCUUGACCCCUGUGCCACAUACACUGUACUGAACGAUACAUGGCGUUCAACAGAGUAUACAGACAGAACAAUCUAUCGCUGUGACCGAAACAUUGUCUGGAGUGGAUGGUAUCGCUUUUAUUUGGGGCAGAGCAGCGCUCGGAUGCCAGAGAAAUGUGUAGCAGAAUACCAUUGUGGAACCGCUGCUCCUAUGUGGAUAAACGGGGCUCAUCCAGUCCAGCUUAAUGAAAUCGUAACUCGCAGUGUAUUUGGUGCCUGGGCGGGUUCCUGCUUCAACUUUGCCGCCAGCACCAUUCAGAUCAAACUUUGUUCUGGAUUCUAUGUCUACAAAGUUCAACUGCCAUCUUACUGUCAACUGGCAUAUUGUACAGAAAUUCCGCCCUUCAUAGUUCUGGCACAAAAUGAGACCAGCAUCACUCUGCAGUGGAGCGCGGUCACCACCAGCUUUGUUCUCCAGUAUGACGGCACAGAGACAAACAUCAAUGCUCCAGAUGGAGCUGCAACAGUGACUCACACAGUCUCAUCUCUGACUGCUGGAACCAUAUACACAUUCACUCUCUACACUGUGACUGGAAAUGUGAGAAACAGUGGAGGACAGCUGACAGCUGUCACAGCUCCUCAAAAUGCAGAAGGAUUUAAAAAAUCAGGACAAUGUAAGAGCAACAUCACCCUGCAGUGGAAUAAAAUCAACAACAGCACCAGCUUUGUUCUCCAGUGUGACGGCAUAGAGACAAAGAUAAAUGCACCAGAUGGAGAUGGACCAGUGACCCACACAGUUUCAUCUCUCGCUGUUGGAACCAAAUACAAUUUCACUCUCUACUCUGUGUUUGAGUCCGUCAGAAGCAGUGGAGUACAACUUGUAGCUUUCCUUGAACCAAGCUAUAUUAUUCAAAUGAAACUUAAAUUCAAUUCUCAGACACAACUAUCAGAUUCAGAGAUGGAAAAUGUUUUAGUGGAGUUCUUCAAAGCUCAUGGUUUAUCACAGUUUUCUCUGAAAGUUCGCAUCAUCAAACCGUGAAGAAAUCCAAGG